GUUCUUGGGGGACAAGAGGGAUUCAGUCAGACGGGCAAAGGCGGACGGGCGGUCGGGACGGGUUUUGGUCACAGGCCAAUGAGAGUGGUGGUAAAAUGGACUAAGCUAGCCUGUCCGGAUACUCGACUUUCCACCUCAAACCACAGAUCAUCGAACGUCUUCGUCCCCCCCCCAUCGCGACUCUUUCGUCACCCCUCCACUCCACCACCCCCAACGUCCACCAUCCUCCUUUAUCGAGGAAUCGCUCCUCUUACUCCUGGAGAGUUGAUUUUUACCGUUGAUUGAUCGCCAGACGCCCCGUCAUCCAUCGCACACAAUGUUCGCUCAGUCCAUCUCUCGGGCCGCUGCUCGCAGCUCGGCCAUGCCCACCGCUGCCAUUCGCUCCUACCGCACGGCCUCGAGCCCAAUGGCUUGCCUGAACGCUCGUCCCCAGGCUGAGAAGCAGACCAUUGCUUCCCAGCAGACCCGCGCCGCUUCCGAGCAUGCCAUCUCGAAUCCCACACUCGCCGGUAUCGAGAAGCGCUGGGAGGCCAUGCCCCCCCAGGAGCAGGCCGACCUGUGGAUGCAGCUCAGAGACCGCAUGCAGGCUGACUGGCACCAGUUGACCCUCCAGGAGAAGAAGGCUGCCUACUUCAUCUCUUUCGGUAACCACGGUCCCCGCACUCUGCCCCCCAAGGGUGAGGCCUUCAGAAUCUUCGUCAAGGUCCUCCAGUACUGCUCCAUUGGCGUCGGUCUCUUCUACGCCGUCCACUACUUCGCCAAGCCCCUCCCCAAGACCAUGAGCAAGGAGUGGCAGGAGGCUAGCAACGAAUACGCUCUCCGCGAGAAGAUCAACCCCAUCUACGGCAUCAGCUCCGAGGGUUAUGAGGGCAAGGGCUUCGUCCAGAGCCCUCCCGCUGAGAAGCAAUAAAUUCCCGGACAAAUCCUCGGGAUUGAAGGUAGAACGAUUGGACGAGUUGCAGGCGGCAGCGUUGGCUUGAUUGAUGGUUAACCCGACUCCUGCCUGCUCCGAUACGCACCCUCUGAUCAUGGCGGAUGGGUGACCAUCCAUCCAGCUUGGACACCUGCUCUCGCACAUGUUUUGUUUGUCAAACGUCAAGCCCAAAAAGACCCCUCUGUACCUCGUACUGUGCCAUAAUCAAUGUAUCUCCUUUGUAGCCUUAGAUCGGGGUUUUUGGUUUUCCUUUUUAGUUUUGGUUUUUCUGUGUCUAAGGUACAGUACCUGUGCAAGUGCCAUCAGGUUGUCCAAUUGCCGAAUAAGUUAUAUUAUAUAAAAUUGGAAGGGCUUUUUUUCCCACAUGUGUAUACUCAAUGGCUACAGGUGAACCAAGAAACCCGAUAUCAGAUUUGAGGGAAGAC